GUUAUGAUGUCUUUGCGAUUCAGUUUUAUGGAGAGUGUUGGUCAGGACCUGAUGCAGGUUUAACCUAUGAUGAGUACGGACCAUCUCCCGAUGGGUGUGUCAAUAGUACUGUGGGGGCUGACUAUACUAACUUUGUAUACAGAUUUCAAGCCUUGCCAUGAGUUCACCAGUCCUGGCGCCGAGAAGAUUUUGCUCGUGUCCUCAUGUUUUGUUGUCAUAUGUUGUAAAAGACUAAUAUGAAGUAAAAUCUCAGUAUUGUUUCUUGACUA